AACAAAACGACAUUAACUUUCAUAACGUGAAAAGGGAAUUUCGAAAUUGUUCGCAUAAAAACCAACAUAACGAUUGCAAGAUCUCGUUUGCGGGUGCCGAUUUCUUGAAAGAAGAUGAAAUAGACGCCAUGUGCAUGGAAGUUCUCAAGCUCUACCCGAAGGGCAUCGAUAUCCUCAUUAACAAUGCAGGUUUUAACGAGGUCUGUCUACUAGAGGACUGUUCCAUGGAGUUGUGGCAUCGCAUGAUAGCCGUGCACCUUACAUCCGCCUUCAUGCUCACAAAAUGGGCAUUACCGCUCAUGAAGAAAAAAGGUUGGGGUCGUAUUGUGAACACGUCCUCCCAGAUGGGCCUCAUUAGUACCCCUGGUAAAGUACCCUACGGCUGUGCCAAGUCGGGCCUCAUUGUCCUAGCCAAGGGCGCAGCGCUAGAAGGAGCGGAAUACGGGGUAACGUGUAACGCCAUCUGUCCUGGAUUCGUCGAGACAGAUCUGCUGAAAAUUCAGAUCGGGAAGAUGGCCUCUGAAAAGCAAAUCUCUUAUGAGAUAGCAAGGGACCAAUGGUUUGCUGGAAGCAAUCCUACCAAGAAGCCAGUGUCUGUUGAGCAGGUCGCUGCUCUGGUAGGGUUCUUGUGCAGCGAAGAGGCCGCAAGUAUAACGGGAUCAGCUCAUAGUAUUGACGGCGGAUACACAGCUAGAUAAAAAACGCCGGAUACACAACUAGAUAGAACACACCCGUUACAACAGAUAUACUAUUGACCAUA